CAACUCCAAACCCUAACGCCGCCUGGUGAUGGCUCAAUUUGCGGCUUGUUGGGAGGCGAUUUCUUGAGCUAUCGAAUCUACUGCGAUGCUCGCGUGGGGCCUUUUGAAUCCCAAGAUAUAUUCCAUGGGGAGCCAUUCUGUACGCUCCAGCCUAGCGCUGACCCAGCAAUCGUGGCUCUUGCUGAAUCCGUGCGACAAAAACGUUACCGUAUGUGCUUCACUCACGGUGACUUGUCGCCGAACAACAUUCUUGUCGAUGAUCAUUUCCGACCAGUCGGACUCAUUGAUUGGCAAUGUGCAGCAUGGAUGCCUGAAUACUGGGAUUUCACGACAGCGCUGUGGGGUCGCCAGCGCUACCUGUCGUGGUUCAACUCCUUUAAGUCGGUGUUUCCACAGUAUGAAGAUGAACUGGCGAUUGAAAUGGAGUCAUGGAAGACUAUCUGCCCUUGGUAG